AUGGGUCGCGAGGAGAUGCAGAAUCGUCUCAAAGAGCUGGAGACUGAGAAGUCAGUUCUUGAGUGGGCUCUUGAAGCUAGCCUUCACGAGAAGGACGUCGACACCGACAACGAAGACAACAAGUCCGAAACUUUGUCUACCUACACCAUGGCAGACCUCCCAGCCUCUGACCCUCAGGUGGAUGAACCCCUGGUCCAUGUUUAUCCCGAUGGUCCCAUCUCCGAUUCCGAGUCUUCUAUCUCGCUUCACAGUACUGACUCCUUAGCCUCUACUAUGGCUCGUAUCAAGUUCACUGCCACCAUGCCGGUCCACCAGGUGGUCCAGUCUGACCCUGCGUCUUACCGCUAUGAUGGUACUGGAAUGUCUGAAGAUGGCCGUGAGGAUGAGGAGACCAUCUGUGGCUCUACCACUGGUAUUGAAAAGGAAAAGGAAAAGGAGGCUUCGGAGGACACCAGUGCCACUGAUCCCAACUCUCCUUUCAACAUCACCAACCCUCACCCAACUCUUUCGAUCUCGACCAAGUUCCUUCAGAAGGCUAUUUUCCACAGCCGCCAGGCUGGAAGUCCCUUCCUCCGUUCAUUCCUCCACCGCAAGCCUGUCGACGGCAAAGCAGGUGAAUACACUGAGUGGAAGUGGAUUCCCUUUCUUGUCUUUGGUGCCGCAGCUGAGCUCGUCGCAGUCAACAUUGGCGAAGGCGACAUCGAGGUGAUCUGCAUGAAGGACACUCGAUUCACCACCAUGAUUCAGAAGAACAAGAACAUGUUCGAGGAACCUGGAAGCCUUGGUGCCAAGUCUGCUCUCCUUGAUGAGUUCAAGCCUGCCUUCAAUGGUCCUGAGGCUUGGGGCUUCCGCGUCUUGGUCUGGCGCGUCCACUCUUCGGAGAAGACUGUCUACAUGGACCGUCAUGGUCACCCUGUCCCGGGAGAGGCGGGCACUCUGGCUUUUGAUGGACCUGAGAAUUGGAAAUAA